AUGGCCCCAAAACGAGGACGCCAGGCUAUCAGGACGGCACCGUACGAUCCUGAAAUCUUAGAAAAUUGGACAUUUGCUAGACUACAACAAGAACUGCGGCAGUUAAAUGUAUCGUUUCAAGGAGGGACUAGACGCAUGGCGCUUGUGAAAAAAGUAAGGGACGCACAAGCUGGGUUGGAGAGUGCUGGAGUUGCGCGAUCCCAUGUUUCAUCAGGAGGUGCGCGAUCCCAUGAUGCCCCAGUGCAAGAUGGCGGCAAUUCAGUUUCCAGUGUUUUCUUUGGUGGUUUGGAGCCACCCCUAAGACACGAAACAUGGCCUUUUCUUUUGCAUUAUUAUCCAUAUUGUUCGUCUCAUGAAGAACGUGAACACAUCCGCAAUGACCGCUACAUCGAGUAUCAAAACAUCAGAAAGAUCAGGGAAAAGAUGACAGAAGAGGAACAAGAACAGUUUUGGCGCAAGAUCCAAUCAAUUGUAGAGAAAGAUGUGGUCCGAACUGACCGAACACAUCCGUAUUUCCGUGGGGAGGACAAUCCAAACAUUGAAGUGCUUAAGAAUAUAUUGCUGAACUAUGCCCUGGCUAACCCCCACAUGGGUUACACACAGGGGAUGUCGGACCUGCUGGCGCCUGUCCUCGCAGAGAUUCAAAAUGAAGCUGAUGCUUUCUGGUGCUUCACAGGGCUCAUGCAGCGUACACUGUUUGUCAGCUCCCCCAAGGACUCGGACAUGGACCGACAGCUGUUACAUGCUGUCAUGAAGGACAUCAAGUGUGAAAUUAAUACCAGGUGGAUCCUGUUGUGCUUUAAACGUGAGUUUCCUGAGGCUGAUGCCCUGAAGAUCUGGGAGUCUUGCUGGGCCCACUACCAGACUGACUUCUUCCAUCUGUUUAUAUGCGUAGCUAUUGUCAGUAUCUACGGUGAUGAUGUCAUGGACCAAGGUCUCCCAGCUGAUGAAAUUCUGCUCCACUUCAGUAGCCUUGCUAUGCAUAUGAAUGGAGACUUGGUGCUGAGAAAGGCAAGAGGAUUGCUGCACCAGUACAGAAAGAUUCCAAAAAUCCCGUGUAGCUUACAUGGUCUGUGUACCCUGUGUGGGCCUGGGAUGUGGGACAGUGGCCAUGUCCCCAUUGUAUCGUGUGUUGGCAAUCACCCUGAUAGUGUCUGUCCUUAUCAUAGCAGCCCGAGCACCCCAAACUCACCAGAUCAUCAGGAACUGUAGCAAGUCUAACCUCACAAGAUCAUCAGGAACUAUAGCAACCCUAAACUCACCAGGUCAUCAGGAACUAAAGCAACCCUAAACUCACCAGGUCAUCAGGAACUAUAGCAAACUAAACUCACAAGAUCAUCGGAAACUAUAGGAACCCUAAACUCACCAGGUCAUCAGGAACUAUAGCAACCCACACUCACCAGCUCAUCAGGAACUAUAGCAACCUCAAACACACCAGAUCAUCAGAAACUAUAGCAACCCUAAACUCACCAGCUCAUCAGGAACUAUAGCAACCUCAAACACACCAGAUCAUCAGAAACUAUAACAACCCCAAACUCACAAGAUGAUCAGGAACUAUAGCAACCCACACUCACCAGCUCAUCAGGAACUAUAGCAACCCUAAACUCACCAGGUCAUCAGGAACUAUAGCAACCCCAAACUCACCAGAUCAUUAGAAACUAUAGCAACCUAAACUCACCAGAUCAUCAGAAACUAUAGCAACCCAAAACUCUUUGGAUAGGAACUAUAGCAACCCAAAACUCAGGAACUAUAGCAACCCCAAACUCACCAGCUCAUCAGGAACUAUAGCAACCCAAACUCACCAGAUCAUCAGGACUCUUAGCAACCCCAAACUCACCAGGUCAUGAGGAACUAUAGCAAUCUCAAACACACUAGAUCAUCAGGAACUAUAGCAACCCUAAACUCACAAGAUGAUCAGGAACUAUAGCAACCUAAACUCACCAGAUCAUCAGGAAUUAUAGCAACCCCAAACUCACCAGCUCAUCAGGAACUAUAGCAAUCUCAAACACAAUAGAUCAUCAGGAACUAUAGCAACCCUAAACUCACCAGCUCAUCAGGAACUAUAGCAACCCCAAACUCACCAGCUCAUCAGGAACUAUAGCAACCUAAACUCACCAGAUAAUCAGGUACUAUAGCAACCCUAACCUCACAAUAUCAUUAGAAACUAUAGCAACCUAAACUCACCAGAUCAUCAGGAACUAUGGCAACCCCAAACUCACCAGCUCAUCAGGAACUAUAGCAACCUAAACUCACCAGAUCAUCAGGAACUAUAGCAACCCCAAACUCACCAGAUCAUCGGAAACUAUAGCAACCUAAACUCACCAGAUCAUCAGAAACUAUAGCAACCCAAAACUCAUUGGAUAAGAACUAUAGCAACCCAAAACUCAGGAACUAUAGCAACCCCAAACUCACCAGCUCAU